AACGGCUAACAGUAUCAUCUCGGCCUGUAACCCUUAGAACGAACAUGCAUAAAGGCUGUCGCAGUGGCGGAGAAAGCAGCUGUCGUUCACAUUGAAAUCCCGUUCCCGGGACCUGUUGGUAAUCCUAUACCCAUUCAACAGUGACGUGGGCCGUGUGUGUGCUUGUACACAGACAUACAUUACGCGCCUGCAAUGGACAACGUAUCAUGGGACACACUGCCAGAUCAUGCCAUCAUUACAAUAAUGUCCUACCUCAGCCUGGAAGACAGAGCCAGGGCGUGCAGAACCAGCACAGCCUGGCAGCGUUGCUACAGAUGCCCCCAGUUCUGGCACACCACCACCAUCAACUUCCAGCAACCUCACGACGGCCGAUGUCUUCAGGGGCUCGACCAGUAUGCCAAACACAUCAGGACCGUGCGAAUCCUGUUAAACCAGCGUGAGGCGGAGAACAGAGCCAAUGCAUCCUCACUGACCAAGUUCUGGAAGCUUUAGCUCAAACCGACCGCGCUCCUCUGGACUAUCUUAGUAUCACGUGUAGAUGGGAACAAGCAUAUAUAGGGGACCUGUCAUCUGAAGCUUGGACACAUCUUACCACCAGGUGUCCGAAUCUUAGAGUACGUUUGACUUUUGCUGAUACAUGUCCUUUGCAUAAGAUUGCUGUAAUAAUGAAGCCGGAAAUACCAGUUGUAGAGCUUCGCUUCGAGAACGCUAACUUCUUCAACGACGAGGUGAAUCUAGCAGCCAGCUUUUACAGAGUUGUGCUGAACUCGGAGACUCUCUCAUCAACUUGGG